AUGUCUAUCGGACAUCCAGUGCUCACAUUUUCGCAGGGUAUCAUAGCCUUCAUUGUCCACAAAUGCAUAAAGCUAUGGUGCUUCUUAACUGUGGGCAUGGAGUUACUGCGUUACAGUGAACGGACGUUUGGUGAUCGACGUAGUCUUAUAAGUACUGAAGAAGCUGGAUUCUCACUAGUACCUUUCGAUGAGUGCUCCAAAAUUAGCUAUGGCCUGCGACAAGGCUGGACACAGGCUGUUCUUGACACUUGCUUUUGCACUGCUGCCUGUUGGAUGUGGCUAUUCUCAUCGUACCUGGAAUGCUCCGUGCAAGAGCUCGAGGACGUCCAUGACCAUGUCAUAGUUGAUGGCUCACGCUCACAUGUCUGGAAGUCUGUACCACAGGAACACGUCAAUGGGCACGCAUUCGAGUUGGCUGGAGGUAACUCGUUGGGAGGCUCGUUCAAGUUCAACGCCAUGCUGUACACACAUGGCUUUCCCACAGAGUACUCCUCGUGGAGCCAGGUCCCUGGCAAAUUAGAUUGUACAAGCAAAACGUAUGGGGAUACUACUGUGCUGCACCAAGAUGCACUUACAUGCACUGCCGUGCUUUGCAUUGAUGUGCAAAAGGGUGAGAAGGAUAUUCCAGAGGCAGAGGGUGUCUGUAUCCAGGCCCUUGAUGGACACUUGUCAUCAAGUUUCACUGGGGCAUGGAGGAAAGUGAUAUUGUUGGCCAAUCCUAUCACAUCCUCUCAGAUCCUAAUGCUCAGAUGA